AUGGGGAAACAAAAGAAAACAAGAAAGUAUGCGACCAUGAAGCGAAUGCUUAGUCUCAGAGAUGAGAGACUCAAAGAAAAGGAUAGAUUAAAACCUAAAAAGAAAGAAAAGAAAGAUCCUAGUGCUCUAAAGGAAAGAGAAGUCCCCCAGCAUCCUUCCUGCUUAUUCUUCCAGUAUAAUACACAGCUGGGCCCACCUUAUCAUAUCCUGGUUGAUACCAACUUCAUCAACUUUUCCAUCAAAGCCAAAUUGGACUUGGUACAAUCAAUGAUGGACUGUCUGUAUGCCAAGUGUAUCCCUUGUAUAACUGAUUGUGUAAUGGCAGAAAUUGAAAAAUUGGGACAGAAGUAUCGAGUGGCCCUAAGGAUCGCCAAGGAUCCACGGUUUGAACGCUUACCUUGCGCACAUAAAGGGACCUACGCAGACGACUGCUUGGUGCAGAGAGUAACUCAGCACAAGUGUUACAUUGUGGCCACAGUUGACCGAGACCUUAAACGGAGGAUCCGGAAGAUCCCUGGAGUUCCUAUCAUGUACAUUUCUAAUCACAGAUACAACAUUGAACGGAUGCCAGAUGAUUAUGGAGCCCCUCGAUUCUGAUUCUUAUAAGACAAAGUUCCUCUGCCUCCUUCCAACCAACUUUUUGGUUUCAGUUCAUUCAGCAUGCUAUAGCAUGAAUUAUUC